GCGAGGGUGGGCUGGCGUCUUCCCGGCCCGGCCAUUGUUUCCGCUGCUGCGCUCCUUCCAGCCUCGGGCAUAGAGCGCCCCCUCCCUCUUCGCCCUUUCCGGGUCUCGGAGGGAGUCUCCAAGGCUGUUUCUUGAAGCAUAGCUCCAGUUGGAGGGUACCUUGUAAGCUAUUCAAGAUCAAGAUGAAUACAGACUUGAAGGAGGUUUUAUCCUUGGAUAUUCAAGCUCCUGAGGUGUGGGAAGCACUUCUGAAAGACAAAGUGGAGGCAGAAAGCCUCCAAAGACAGGAAUCCAGUCUGAAACGCAGUAAUCCACUGGCAAGAGAAAUCUUCCGAAGGCGCUUUAGGCACCUCUGCUACCAGGAGACACCUGGGCCGCGGGAGGCUCUUAUCCAACUCCGAGAACUUUGCUGCCUGUGGUUGAGGCCACAUGUGAGCACAAAGGAGCAGAUUUUGGAACUGCUGGUGCUGGAGCAGUUCCUGACUAUCCUGCCUGAGGAGCUGCAGAGCUGGGUGAGGGAACAUUGUCCAGAGAGUGGGGAAGAGGCCGUGAGUCUGCUGGAGGAUCUGGAGAGAGAGCUUGAUGAACCACAACAUAAGAUGGUAGCCCACAGACACGGACAAGAAUUCCUCUUUAAAGAGAGAGUACCUCAAGAAGAGCAGACGUCACUGAGCCUUCAAUCCCAGCCCAAGGAGCCCCAGCUCUCAUGUGACCCUGCUCAGGAGCCCCACCCUAUUGGAGAGACAGACAAAUUUCUAUUUUCCAAGCCUGUUGUGAUCUCCCAGCUGAAAGAAGAAGAACUGUGGUCUAACAACAGAGGAGGCCUAAGAGAUACCUAUCCAGAUGGAGUGACCAAGACUGAGGACAGAGAGUUGGUGCUAAGAAAAGACUAUUCUAAGAUAGUGGGACCACAUGGGAAAAUUUUUCAUGGACAGAACUGGGUAUCAUACCAGGGUCCCCGACAUGGAGAAGUUGGUAAACAUAAGAGUCAAAUAGAGAGGAAAUGGGAAGACACUUUGGGAGAGGGAAAACACAAAUGUGAUGAAUGUGGAAAGAGCUUUGCUCAGAGCUCAGGUCUUGUUCGACAUCAAAGAAUUCACACUGGAGAAAGACCCUAUGAAUGUAAUGUGUGUGGGAAAACCUUCAGUAGGAGUUCUGGUCUUUUUAAUCAUCGGGGAAUCCACAAUAUACAAAAACGGUACCACUGUAAGGAGUGUGGGAAAGCCUUCAGUCAGAGUGCAGGCCUUAUCCAGCAUCAGAGAAUCCACAAAGGAGAGAAGCCAUAUCGCUGUAGCCAGUGUGAUAAGAGCUAUAGUCGGCGUUCAUUCCUCAUUGAGCAUCAGAGGAGCCACACAGGGGAGCGACCUCAUCAGUGCAAUGAAUGUGGGAAAAGCUUUAAUCGUCACUGCAACCUCAUUCGUCAUCAGAAGAUCCACACAUUGGCUGAGCUUGUCUAGCUCUUGCCAUAUGCAGAUUUUUCCAGAUUACACACCAAGUUGUGCGGGGCAGGGUAAGAACUAGAAAAUGUCUCUUUCUUCCUGUCUCCACUAAAUGUGUUUUGGAACAUAUCUAGUGAGUGGCCGGGGGACAUCCCAGGAAGAAGAUUUGGGUUUUUGAGGCUGCUGCUUUCCUUUUCUUCUUUCCCUGCUCUUACUAUCACUGCCCUGUUAUUUAAUCUCUUUGAGAUGGCUGCCAAACCCUCUUAGUAAUGUAAUAAACAGUGCUGCUAUAGCCAACAUGCCUGAAAAAUCUGUGUCUAUGUGUAAUUUCUAAAGAGCACAUAGAGCUCUGCCAAUAUUUUAUAAUAACUGAGUCUUUGGUGUGAUCCGUGACCAAUGCCUACAUUGUAAACGCCUUUUCCAUUUUCCCGCUUCCCUGUGAUGCAUACAUGUCUCUCCCUUGGCAUAGUGACCAGCAUUGGCUUGAUGCUUUGCUUUGUGCUGAGUGAUUCCAUUUACUUAACCUCAGUGGAUCUCACCGUAAUGGAAAUGAAUAUUAUCAUCCCAUUUUACAGAUGAAGAAUCUAAGAUUCAGGAAGACUCCCUUAGUGCCUUUCCAUCACAUCUUCAGCAUCCAGAUAAGAUACCAUAAAUCUCCUGAAUUUUAUCCUUCUCCUUUUUCCUUCUUGGCCUAGUUCUGGAGAAAAUUUAUUUCCCCCCUGUAUAGAUUCUUGGGAAAAUUUCCUACAGUUUCAACAAUGUGUAAUGUUUUAGCAGAAGCUCAGAGAAGAGUUACGUAGCUUUGCAUUUUCUGUCCCCAAAGGAGGCUCUUUUCCAGUGAAAUUUCUUCAUGAGGAGAAAUUUCUUCUACCUGGAACUAAAGCACACUUGAGAUUUAUGUACAGUCCUUAAAAUUUCCCAUGUCCCAAAGGCCCUCUUUUCUUCUCCCUUUCUCUCCUCUUAUGAUUUUCCUCACUAAAGCUGCAGCCCAAUUUCUUCCCUUUAACGUGUUUGACUUGUGUAGAGAUUUCUCAAGAGAUGGAAGUAAAGGCAGGGAAGUCCUGCGGUUUCCUAGGGAUGACCCUAUGCAUACACAGUUUGGGCUUUGCAUUGUUUUUCAGUAACUCCUAAAUAUUUGUUUGAACUGGGGAUUAUACACUUUAACUCAUUUAUGGGAAAUUUCAAACAAACAAAAAGACAGCUAAGAGCCCUCCUGGGGUCAGAACAAACCUCAAGGACUUUCCUAAAAAACUACAUCUGUAAAAGGGUUUGAAGUUAAUUGGAUUACAUUGUGGAUCUAUUCAUGCCUUAAGUUAUCAUCAAAAACAAUAGAUUUAUCAGCCACCAAUUAGUGGAACCUACCAGCUGGUUGUAAAACCAACAGAGAUAGUUUAACAGAAAUCAGGGAAAGAGACAGUCAAAGAGAGCCUUGCCAAAGCCAAUGUUACCUUGUGAUGACUGUGUGCAGGUUGCCGUGCCUCUAUGAGGCUUUGCUGGGCUCAGCUGUGCUGGUUCCCAAGAUACCACUUAGAUUCAGAUCUCCACUGGUAUUUCUUAUUCAGGGAAGCAGACUAGAGGAUCAGCAUUAUUUGGUCAGUUUGUUCCCAGAAUUAUUUGAGCACAAACACAAGGAGGCUAAUGGAAACACAUCAUGCCUCUGCAAUGUCUGUUUCAGAACUAGCACACUAUCACUUUUGCUUACUUUCUAUUGGCCAAAGUAGGUCACAAAGCCAAGCUCAAAGUCAGUGAAGCAGGAAUGUAUCUACUUUUAUAA